AUCCCCCUCCCACGCGCCGACUGUCCUUUAAAUGCUCGCGAUGUGCUUUAAAUAGCAGGUGCUCGAACCCGUCUCCCUUACCACGCGCAUCAUCAUUAUCAUCCUCAUCACAGCCGCAAUGUCCACCGCAAGCGCCGAGACGACCGCGCAGCUGCCCCCUGCGGCGAGUCGGGUGUUCUUUCAGCCCGGCGGCGGCUGCGCCGGGUCCGGUCCACUGCAACGGGAUGAGCCGGUGCCGAAGAAGCAAGGCAAAGUGACCGUUAAGUACGACCGAAAGGAGCUGCGCAAGAGACUCAUUCUUGAGGAAUGGAUCAUUGAACAGCUGAGCGAUCUGUACGACUGCGAGGAAGAGGAAAUGCCAGAGGUGGAGAUAGACAUCGAUGACCUGCUGGAGGUCAACAGUGAAGAUGAGAGAGCUGUAAAACUGCAGGAAUCGCUGUCAGAGUGCUUCAAACCAACUGAUGUUUUUGUGCGUGACCUGCUCGGUCGGAUAAGAGGAAUGAGAAAACUUAGUGCUCCUCAGAAGAAAAGCUUUUAAGUGCUUAAAAAAUGCCAAUGACAAUCCAGCUACCUGGACUACAUGUCCCGCAAUCCAUCACUCAGACUCACAGCAUACAACACGCUACCCUCACAGACUCCAUAUCCCACAAUGCAUUUCUCGUCCAUCCUCAAUAUACCAGAAUUAUUUUUAAAGGACCAUAAGGCAAUAAAUCUUAGUUCAAAGUUCAUCCGCUCUGAAACUCUGAGACAUUGAAACAUCUCAGUAGCCUGAUGUUUAUAACCACAACCUCUCUAUUGGUUUUUUGGUCCUGACAACAUAGUUUGUAUUCAGAUAACGUUGUACAGUACAAGGUGGGCAGUGUUUUUGAGACAACAGCAAAAAGCAAAGAUGUUUUUUAUAUUAUUUGUAGUUUUUUCUUUUAACCAAAAGUCACAAUUUGACUCGCAAAAAAAAAAAUUCAAUUAACAGCACUAGUGGCCUACAUUCAUCAAACUAGUCUACUUUUAAUUUGACCUUUUCUCUAAUCUUCCUUAAGAGGUCGUGCUUACUUUCCCCGUACUAAACUUUAGCGACGCAUGAUGGGAUAUGCAGUCUUUCAUUUAGGGCCAGGAGGAAAUAUUUGGUGCACAUUGUUUGUGUCAUGUUUAGUUCUAAAUUAUAGGUACAUAUCCGUCAUUCAUAAAACCAUCACAUUUGUUUUGUUGCAAACGUUGAUUCUUUCAAGAAGAACUAACCGUACUUUCAUAAAUUUGAUUAAUUAUGGAAUAUGUUAAACAUUUUAAAAGGUUUUGGGUGAGAUGAGCUGACAGACUACAAAUACAAAAGGUAAUGUUCAUAAUGGUAUACAUGCAUACUACUUAGUGGGCGGUAUACUGUUAAGUGCAUACUACUUUUUAUUCUUUUUAAAGAUUCAUGCACAAAUGUUGCACAAAAGAUGCAACACACUGCAUUGUUGGAGUGUUCCAUGCAGUCAUCUCUACUGUUUAUUUGACGAAGGCAGAUCAUGCAUACUGUUUACUGUAAAAGUAUGCUUGUGUGCUAUUUUGAAGAUCGCCUUAAAUACGAUUCAAGAAGACACCAAGGGCUGCUUGACUAUUUAUGGAUCAGUUUUGAACAGAUACUAUAAUGAUCAUUUGUCAUGAUGGCUGGAUGACUCAAAUAAUUUUUGAAACCAUGUAAAUCAUUACAAUCUGGGCUUUCAGUCGCUAUCCUCCGGCUGCCAAAGAAUCGAGAACAGUUGAAUAUAAACAUAUUAUGAAGUGCUAAAUACAUAACACAUGUAUUUUCUUACACUAUUCGGACCAUUUUUAUCUUCUUGUCAUUGGUGUCAUACUCGUGGGUCAAUUUUGUGUCUGAUGGUCUAAAUCGAAUUACAAGUAAUCCAGGAGAAACUACGGUGCUGUUCAAACAAUUUUAAUCCUCUACAGCGUGGACGGAUGAUGUGCUUUGCAUAAACCGAGACCUGGCCCUUAUACUCUUUUGGAGACUUCUGUUUUGGUCAAUAGGGUGACAGAUCUCUUGAAAGUAAAGCAGUGGUCACCAUCUGCCCUGAUCACAGCUUCUCAGAACUGAUGUGGAUCACGGAGAUGGCCUGUGCGUAGGCUUUGACCAUUCUCACGUACUAGAAAAUUCAGGGUUUAGCCUGAUCUUUUUAUUUAUUUAUUGUUCAUAAAAUGUUAGCAAGGUGUACGAAAGUUUUAUUUAUGCAUGUUUUAUCUGCAUGAUAGCAAUGAUUUUUUUUAUACCUUCAGUAAUACUCUUAUUCAAUUAAAUUCAUUACAUUUUUUAUAAUUUUUAUUACUGUAUAUCUGCGUUUUAAGUGUUUUUAUGGUUUCUUUUUUAAAUAUAUGUAAAGUGUUGUCUUUUGUGCUAUCUACUUAAAUAAUAAAAGUCUUGACUGUUAAAGU